ACUGACAAAAUCUGGUUAAAGACUGAAUAUUUAAAGAAGUGAGUCUUUAUAUAAUAUGCUAGACUUGCCUUCAGUGUGUUAUUGAGGCCAGGUGAACAGCAUUGCAUCCAAUCAGACUCACAACCAGCAGCAGAGCGUCACAGCUCAAUGAUCCACUUGUUUGACAAGUAAAACACACGGAUCGACAACAACACUAUGAUAGAUAAUUUUUUCUGAUCGAAAUACAAACCCUGGGAGAAAGCUGUCCAUCAUGUGUGGAAAUUCUGCUCUCUGCUCAAGAUCCUUGUUUGUCACUUUGCUGGUGUGUGCAGCUGUCAUGUCGUUAAUCAUGUGGUCACAUGCUGCAGGAGCCCUGUAACAAGCCAAGUGGAUGAGGAAGUGAAGCACAAAGUCCUGAGGCGACUCUACACUCCUCUGCACAGUCAACACCGUCCCCUCUUUACCGGUCCACCAUUAACCGAAACUGGACUCCAAACUGGAACUAAUGGUGAAACUGAUAUGAGCGGGAAUUAUAGAGGAGCCUCGUCAAUCAUUGACCAUAAAUCAAAUCCUCUACGGUUCACUGGAAGUGGCUACAAACAACACAGCCCAGAUAGAGGACGGUCUCGAGCAGGGGGGACUAUAGUGCGGAGUGGAUCGAGGCCAACAGCUCUCUCUGGAACCUCUUACAACUCAGCAAUCAUUAGAAAACCAUCUCAUAAAGAAGCCGCCGGUCCCUUUGAUCGGAGCUCGAGUCCUUCACAAGUUUGGGAUGCUCAGAAAUCCUACAUAAUAAAAAAACUCCCAGAGUCACAUUCUCUUUUUUCACCCCAGACAGGCAGAUAUUGGAGCACUUCAAGAGGACAUUCCAGUGGCUAUAAAGAGACAAAUGAGCUCGCUGCGGCUACAUCGACUGGGAUUCAAUCAAGCAAAUUUCUCAGCUUCGCAAGUCAAACUGUCCCCCAUGCGCCAUCAAUCAGCAACGGCCUUGACGCCUCUGUUAUUAAAAGCAUCCCCAGUCUGGAAAAACUGACUUCAUCCAUCACGGAUUCCUCCCAGGGGCCGCACAAGACACCCAAGGUCCACUCGUAUCUGUUCAAGGACUCCCAGACGUCUUAUGGUGGACAUGAGACGGCUCAUGAUGGAGCCGCUGGUUUUUCCACAACACCACAUGAGCAAAGGGCCUCGGAUGGGCAACUUUCCCACAGGUUUUCUUCAAAUGUUAUAAAAUCACAGAGAGAAAACCCAAACAAAGACGUGUCAUAUCUCUCUGUUAAUGCCGAUCCACUGUAUCAUAAUGAUGCCCAGUAUGGUGCUCCAACAGAUAGUUUCACUCAAUAUCCAAACACCAGUCCUGCUCCAGAAAAAGACCCCCCCAUGACACAUUUUGUCUCUUUACCUAAAGCAGAUUUCCAGAGAAACUACGCCACUGGCAGAGAGAAAUCUGCAAUAAGUAGCUUCAUUAAUGAGACCAGAAGAGGAUCUGUGCAGGCUUAUAAACCUGGAGGAGUCGUAAAGAGCAUCUAUGGCUUCAGAGGUUUUGAAAAACCUGAAUGGAGAGCUGAGAGCUCCCGAGGAUACAAAGGACAGGACUCUAAAAUUGCAAAUCCGUACCAGUUUAUGUCAUCAAAGUACAGUUUUGGCCAGAGAGAAUCACCAGCUAAACUCAUGAGGACACCCACAGGUUAUUCCUCACCGUCUCCUGGCACUUUCAUCCGAGCUAAGAAUACUCCAAAGCCAGGAACUGACGGAGGCCGGCCUCUGCUUCCUGAAAGUGACGCCGGCACAGACAGCAACCCAGAGCGCAGACAGUUCAGAGUCUCUAACAGAAUAUAUGGUGUGAAAGGAUUUCGACCACACGAGGGAGCCAAAACUUCAGUGAGCGAGCCAGUAAACUCUGCCAGACUCCAGCAGGGUUUUGAGGGUUUUAAACUCAGAAGCACACAACCAAAAAGCAGCAGGAUUCACAUAUGGGACGGUAAAACAAUUGGAGGCAGCAGCCAUGUGUCCACAAUGAGAACUAAUGAGCUGAGCAGUGAAGACUUUAAACCACUUUUAAAGACGACAGGAAGUGCAGAAUUUACACCUGGCAGGUACAAAAAGACACGUAAAAUCUACACUUUUCUGGGCUUUCGGCCGGUUCAGAACAGAAUAGGAAAACCUGAUGAGAAAACACUCCUGAAGCACAAAAAGCUGGAUCCAACUACAGCACCACCAAGUCAAAUGAUCUCCUCGACUUCUCUCAUAUCAGCAGAGAAACUCCCAAUUCAGUCCAGUCCACAAUCUGAGUCAAAAACACCCAACAAAACCAGACCUGUUGCAAUGGAGGUGAGCAGCUCCACCAGCAGCACCGUGAGAGGCAGACGUGUGAAACUAAAUGGCAAAAAUCGAUACGGGUCUUCUUUUUUCAUCAAUAAGACUAGAAAUGCAGCCAUAUUCAGGCCUCCGAAGCGGCCUGUGAAGGUCAUAGCUAUCACCUACACUGAUAUUCUGGGAAGUGCUUCGUUCAGUGGUGUCGCAGCUACAACCCAGACCACAAUCACACCGGCUGAUAAGGAUUAUUUUCCGAACACUACAGCGACGACAGGGCAAGAAGAAGAAGCAGGUAACUGGAGUUUGAACUCUACAGAAGCUGCGGCCAGUAGAAGCAACGGGAGCAGUCCUGAAGCUCAUGUCGAGGUGGAUUUCAGUCGUGUUGAAGGAAACAAGACGAGUGUCGUGGAAGGAGACGGUGACGUGGAAACAUCAGAUUUCUUCAUGGAGAGAGAAGGAAGUGGAAGCGAGGGGUUUAAUGUGACUGAUGUUGUCUCGAGCACUAAGAGUCUGGGGCUCAGUGAGGAUUUGUUAGAACUAGAUUAUCUACAAAUAUCAGCUGGGAACUUCUCCAAGUCAACGAAGCAAAGCCAUGUAGAGAAAUGAGUGGUUGGAAUAAUCUCAAUAAAAGUUGCACUAGUA